AUGACUCUAAGUAAAGCUGUACGUAUAGGAGUCGACGUCGGCGGCACCAAUACCGACGCCGUCGCCAUAGACGUCGCCCUGGCUGCACAAGGCGAUGCUCAACGUGGAGUCAUCGCCUUCAAGAAAACCCCCACCACGCCCGACGCGACUGCUGGAAUCGAGACUGCUGUAAGAGCUGUCAUUGAGUCUGGCAGCAUAGUUCCCCAGCGGAUUGCGAGCAUCACAGUCGGCACAACACACUUUAUCAAUGCGGUCGUGGAGAGAGAUGCCCGGCGACUCCAAAAGGUCGGUGUUUUGAGACUGUCACGUUCGUUCCUCCGAGAAGUACCUCCUUUCUCAGACUUCCCGCCCGAUCUGGCAGCCAUCAUCAAGGGAUAUUGCGGCAUCAUCGAUGGAGGCUUGCAUAUCGAUGGGUCUCAAGAAGCACCCAUCAAAGAAGCCCAAGUGGUGGCCGAAUGCGAAAAGAUCAAGGCAGAGAACCUUAAGGCGGUUGUGAUCGCCGGCGUGUUUUCUCCUAUUGACGAGGUAUUCAAGCAAGAGAGCCGUGUCAAAGACAUCAUCCUACGAGAAAUUCCAGGAAUUGAUGUCGUGUGUUCUCAUGAGGUGGCCAAUAUUGGCUUCCUAGAGCGCGAAAACGCCAGUAUCCUCAAUGCUGCUAUCCUUCAAUAUGCUCGGAAAACAAUGAGGAGGUUCAAUCAAGCCAAGAAGAAGCUUAACCUGACAUGCCCACUGUUUAUUACUCAGAACGACGGGACCACUCUUGAUGCGACUGCAGCAGCCAGGAUACCAAUCAAGACUUUUGCAUCGGGAGCCACCAACUCGAUGAGAGGUGCCGCUUACUUGGCUGGUAUCGAUGCUGGGGGCAACUCUUCGGCCAUCGUCGUGGAUAUUGGUGGAACCACAGCUGACAUUGGCGUGAUCCUACCAAGCGGACUCCCAAGACAAGCUUCCGCAUAUGUCACAGUCGCUGGAGUAAGAGUGAAUUAUUCAAUGCCUCAUCUGCACUCCGUUGGACUUGGCGGAGGUUCACUAGUGCGCAGCGUUGAUGGGAAGGUCAAGGUUGGUCCUGAGUCAGUUGGUCACUACCUUGUUGAAGAAGCUCUUGUUUUCGGUGGCAAUACAUGCACGGCAUCUGAUAUCGCUGUUUCCCUGGGAAGAGCAGGUAUGGGCGAUAAGAGCAGGCUGUCUGGACUGGAACCCGAGUUUGUCCAAUCUGCAAAAGCCUGUAUCAAGACUCUACUUGACGGAGCUGUCGAUGUCAUCAAGACCUCCGCUGAUCCGCUGCCCGUCCUUCUAGUAGGAGGAGGGGCCGUGCUUGCGCCAGAAGAUAUCUCAGGGGCCUCAAAGGUCAUCCUCCCCCCAUUCCACGAUGUUGCGAACGCCAUUGGCGCUGCAAUCUCUCGCGUCAGCGGCGACGUCGAUAUCGUUCAGAGCACAGCCCAUCAGACAGAGUCACAGGCUCUUGAGCGUGCAAAGACGAUGGCCGUCGAGCGAGCUAUUCAAGCUGGUGCGAUACCUGAAAGUAUCACCAUGGCAAACGUAGAGAGUAUCCCGCUGCAAUAUGUGUCACAUCAAGUUCGAACCAUCGUUAAAGCAGUGGGAGAUGUCGACUUCAGAGGUUAUGUAUCAGAGUUGGAGCUCGAUGCUGCAGAUGAUGACGACGAAGCCAGUGACGAACCUGAAGGACGAAAGAAUCGAGCUGUCAAGACUACCGAAGAUAUUCCUGUUGAUCCUUUCACGUACACUCCUACCAUCAAGGUCAGCGAUGAGGGAGUCCCUGAAUGGAUGCUCAAUGAAACAGAUCUGGCUUGGCUGGCUGACGGAUGCUAUGUACUGGGCUGCGCUGGUGGUGGAACUCCAGCUCCUAGCUUCAUCCAACUGCGGGAUAUUCUACGAAAAGGGCACACUAUUCGCAUUGUCGACCAGUCUUCCCUCAAAGACGAUGCUCUUAUCUACUGGGGCGGGCACAUGGGAUCUCCUGCCGUGUCGGUAGAGCGAUUACAGUCCACCGAGACAGUGGAAGCAUUCAAUGUUCUCAUGGAGUAUCUCGGCCAUAAGAGUAUCGACGCUGUCAUGGGACUGGAAAUUGGUGGUGCCAAUGGUAUGGAACCGAUGCUUGUUGGUUCCUCACGAUUCUUCAACGCGCCUGUAAUUGACGGUGACUGGAUGGGCCGAGCAUAUCCUACCUACUGGCAAACUACACUCGCGGUACAUAAGCCACUAGAACUCGUUCCUUGUGCGAUUGACUCUGGCGACGGUAAGAGUAUCAUCAUGACUCGAGCACCAGACGACGAGAUUGUUGACAGAGCAUUGAGAGCGUCAUGUUCCGAAAUGGGAAGCCGAGUCGGUAUGGCUGCCAAACCCACCACUACCGAGAACGUGCGGAGAUACGGCGUGCUUAAUACCUGCUCUCUUGCUUGGAGGAUAGGCAGAUGCAUUGCACGUAGUGUUUACAGUAACCAGCUCUCUACAGUUGCAGAGUCGAUUGUAGAAGAGGCUGGUGGAUUGAAGUCAGCUAGAGUAUUGUUUCGAGGCAAGAUUGUUGAAGUCGAGAGACGACUAUACAAGGGGCACUCUCAUGGCGCUCUACGCAUUGAAGCAUUCGAUGACCAAGACGAUGGCGAAUCGGAGCGAAUGACACCUGUAGUAUCCGGAGGGACACUGCGAAUCCCAUUCAAGAACGAGAAUAUUUUUGCUGAGCAUACCACUGCUGACGGCUCUGAAACCAAGAUCAUUGCUUCUGUCCCUGAUCUUAUUGCUGUUUUAGAUAACGGAUCAGGUAAAGCACUGGGUGUUCCAGAGUUCAAGUACGGUUAUAGAGUGACUGUCCUGGGCAUUACGUGCUCGCCGCAGUGGACCAGAACAGCUUCUGGUAUUGAGAUUGGAGGACCAAAGGCAUUUGGCUAUGAUGAUGUUGUCUACAAGCCUCUUGGGGAGUAUGUAGAACCUCUCGCUUGUGCCAACGACCAAGAUUUGCAUACUUACCCUCGAUCAGAGGUGCAAGAAAAGAGCCAGCAAGUCGCCAUGAUGGGCGAGAUGUUCACAGAAGCUAUCGGUGUCAUAUCAUGGCUCGGCCCAGCCAGAGACGAUGAUAGUAAUUUGGUGAUGUAUCUCAUGAGGUUCGACAUAACCCCAGAACCAGACUCACGAGAGCUAGAAGCCUUGCUUUCCCUCUUUUAUUGGCGCCGAGUCUGGAUCAUACAGGAACUGUACCUCGCAAAGAGCUACGUGAUUUGGUGCGGCCACGAAUCCAUCUCCGACACCAAGUUUGAGAGAUCCCCAGCCAAUCUCAACUGCCACAACGACACGUUCAGCAAUGACUUUUCCCAAAGCCCAGCGAACCAGCACUCGAUGGGCCGGUUGUUCCGCUCCAUCGAGAUCAACAGCCUGCAUCGGUGGAUAUCUGUAUAUUAUAAGAGAUUCAAGGAGAGUUUCAAGGUCGACUACUCAAAGAUACCGCGGGAUGUCUUCCUAGAGCUUCUAUGUCAGAGAGAUCUUUCCACGUGGCGCCGUGGAGAGGAAAAUCGCUGGCUGCAACUUGCGGAAAGGAUGAAGCUGGACAUAGAUGAGGAUUUGAGGAGACCGAAAUCUGAGAGGGUUAAUAUCCGAGAUGUUGGUGGCUAA